CGCUAAUGGGAAGUCACGUGUGAUUACAGGCAGAGACAAGGGGAUUUCCUUGGGCCCAGUCGACGUGACGUUAUAGUAGACUUGCGACCAAUCGGAAGAGCGGAACGGGGGAAUUCCAGACUGGAAAGUGAGCUCCGGGAGAAUUGCAGCCUGAGUAGUUGGGGUUCGUUCGUGGUUAGGGGGUGUGUAUACUCGGUGCCAAGCCAGUCGGAUGGUUAGGGUUCACAUACAAAUGUAGGAUUUCUCAGGUUUUAAUUACGGCUUUGAAUACAGCAGACACAAUGAGAGAAGAGGGGCGGGCAGAGACUUCUUUUUUGUCUCAGCAACUUGGGACAACAAUUGAAGAUGUCAUGGAUCUUAUUAAUUCUGACAUGCCUGUAAUGCCCUCGACUUCUUCGACUUUGUUUGCUUGUGAAGAAACUCCUUCUGAUAUGCUCAGUACUGUAACUGUCUCACAUUGUGUGCCCCGUGAGCAAUGCCCAUCCACAUCCUGGGCCUCUCAGCGAGAAAGUCCAUAUCCAGAAUUAAAAAUCACAGAGCAACCAAAACAGAGGGGGAUGCGCUUCCGUUAUCAGUGUGAGGGGAGAUCAGCUGGAAGUAUACUUGGGACACAAAGCACAGAGCACAAUAAGACCCUUCCUGAGAUUGAGGUCAUCAACUGUGAUGGGCUUGAAAAAAUUUGUGUCACUGUGUGUCUUGUCUGGAAAGAUCCUCCUCAUCGUGUACACCCCCACGGCCUUGUGGGUAAAGACUGCCAUGACGGCAUCUGUCAAGUCACCCUGCAUCCUCAGAAUGACGUAGCAAAGCACAGUUUCAGCAAUCUUGGAAUUCAGUGUGUGCGAAAAAAGGAAAUUGACUCGUCAGUAAAUCAUCGUCUGAAAUUAAAUAUAGAUCCAUAUAAAGCUGGGAAAUGGCGCCUUCAUGAAGAAGUAGAUUUGAAUGUGGUCAGACUCUGCUUCCAGGCUUCCUGCACUGGGCCAGGGUUUCAGUAUGAAAUUGCCCCUGUACUUUCUGAGCCAAUAUAUGACAAGAAAUCUACAAAUACAUCAGAGCUGAAGAUUUCUCGCAUGAACAGAGAAUCUGGACGAUGCGAAGGGGGUGAAGAGGUGUAUAUCCUCUGUGAUAAGGUUCAGAAAGAAGAUAUCCUGGUUAUAUUCGCUGAAGAUGAUUGGGAGGCUCGUGCUGAUUUUUCACAGGCAGAUGUUCACAGGCAAAUAGCAAUUGUGCUGAAGACACCACCAUAUCAUGAUCUGCAUAUCACAGAACCAGCUUAUGUGAGUGUGUUUCUACAGAGAAUUACAGAUGGGAUACGCAGUGAAGGGAUUCCGUUUGUUUACAUGCCAAGAGUUAAAGAUCCCAACUGUGUGCACUCAAAGAGGACAUAUCGGGACUCUUUGCAACUCAGCGAUAUAGGAGAUCCUGAUCCACAUGGGAUUAAAAUGAAGAAAAGGAAAGUAAAGCCCUGUUAUGCAGAUCAUUUAAACUCUUCAUACCCAGAUGUACCCCUCCUCGAUUCCUUGAACUGUAAUGAUGGUUACCACACUCUUCCUUUGAUGGACAAUGAUGAAGGUGCAGUUAACUUUCUCAGUGAGGACCCUGCAGAUUUCUUAGGACUCCUGGCACACGAGUCUUACCCCAACAACUUUCUGGAUAUGUAUUCUAAUCCAUUUCUGACAGAGCAGGUGAAUGGACUCACAGCACAUCUUGUGGGUUCCAGCCUUGCAUUAACUGAUGAAGAACAAAAUUUACCAGACUGUGCUUUUAAUGACAGUGAUUGCAGAAGAUAACAGUAACAAGAGAGAUGUCUUGGACUCCAAUAUUUUGAUCUGUUUUUUAGCCCUUGAACUUCAUUUACAGUUUGUAUAUAUAUAUAUAUAUAUAUAUAUAUAUAUACAUAUAUAUAUACAUAUAUAUAUAUUAUUAAGCACAAAGAUCUAGCAUUAAGUCUUAAAAUGUCAUUGCUGAUCACCUAGCAAUAUGAUCAUGCCUGAAGAGGUCCAUGCCUCGUCAAUAUGGAUAUUGUUAGAAACGAGCAGACACUGAAAAACCACUAUAUACUUUUUAAAAACAAUUACCACUUUUAGUAUGAACCUGUAUGCUCAAUAAUGGACCAAAAGAUUCUUCUGGGCUGUAGAGAUUAUUUUAAAGGCUCUUUUCAUAAGGAAGGGCCAUUUAGGAAGCAGAAGCAUUAGCUUGUCAGGCACUAGGAUCACAGCACUGCGAAGCAUACACCAAUAAAGACAGAAGAAAAUGGUUGACUUGGGAUAUAGCAUUAUUGUUUUGUACAUAAAUUACUUUUAUUGUAGUGGCUAUAGAUGGUUGCAUUCAACCUGUCCUUUACAGAAACCUAAAGUUAAAUCAUCCCAAGGCACUAGAUCUGUAUGUACAGAGAUUUAGUAUGCAUAGGUAGACAUGCUGUAGAACAGAAGGAACAUAGUGAUUACACUAGCUUUUGAUGACAGAAUUGAAGAUUCAUUGUUAACAAGAUUACAUAAUAUACAUUGAAACCUUUAUUUUUAACUCAGUAACAUUAUCACUAUUGUUUUAAUUAAGAAGGUAGCUAACGGCAAGCACCUUCUAUCCCUAUUCUCUUAGAGUAAGUGGAAUAGUUACAUUGAUGCCUGUUGUCAGUACCUAAUAGCACUGAGCAAUGAGCAGCACAAAGGGUUCUCUUUUUAGUGUAGAGAAUCAUAUCAAGGUAAGGGGUUUGUUGGCACAAUAACCUUUUCUUCCAGCACCUGAGAAUCGCAGCAGAGGUGUUGGGUGCAGGAGGGACCACAAGCUAAAUUGCAAUGGCCAGGUGCCCCAAACUCAGGUUGAACUGUAACCAGGCUUAGUCCAUGGCGCUUAAAGAGUAUUUGGGCCUGUUCCAGGAAGACUUGGUAUGCUUCUGGCCCUGAGCAAUGAAUGUGUAGUGAGGCAACACCAUGCCCUGGGGCUAGGGCCCAAACAUGAAGAUCAUGGUGACCUUCAGGCCCGCAAAGUAUCUCUAGGUCUUUCUUGAGUCCACAUAGAUCAGAGCAAGAUGGCACAGCCUGAAGUAAAAUGCACAUGUUCUCAUACAUGCUGGAGUAUACUGAAGUAACGAGGAUAGCAAUAGAGACCAAGCAAAGAGCAGGGUCUAUAUAGUGCAGAACAGGACUGUCUGUGUCUGUGAGGUGGAGAGUGAGGCUGCUUGCUAGCAGGAGACAUGAAGGUGUCAAGAAAGCCAGAAGGCGUAAGAUCAACAGCCAUCUUCUUUUUGUCUCUCCAGUUAGGUUUAAACAAGUCUCUGUGUAAGAGAGUAGAGCAGUAUGUACAGUAUUUGUACUGGUUAAUGACAAGUCAAUAUUUACAUGCAUAUACACAGUGACCAUGUGAAUUCUUCCAUUUUUCACAAUGGUCUUCAUUGAUGAGCCUACAACAAGCCUUGUAUUGUCUUAAAUAACCAUGUCAAGCUAUGGAACACAUUAAGCCCCUUUUUUAUAGGUUCACUAUGAACUGUGACAAUGGCUAGUAAUGAUUAUAGGUUUGUGUGUGUUUAUUUGCAUAAGAACUGCAUUCACCAUUGGUAUGUACAUAUAUGUAUAUAAACAGAUGGAAUGGUGCAAUUAUCUUCCCUUAACCAAAUGUUAGUUGGAGACUCUUGGGUUUGUAGUCAGUUUUAUGGAUUAAAUGGUAUAGCAAAACUGGGCUGUAAACAACUGAAAUUGUAUAAAGGUGCUUGGUAUGGUAUCAGUCCUAUGUACUAUCAUACAGGUAGGUCAUUUAUAAUGGCAGUAGGCAGAUUGUGCACUUUUUCAUGAAGAAUGUUAGUAGUGCUUUGUAGAUCUGGGAUGUUCAACACUUGACCCACCAUCUGCUGUUACAUCUUCCAGCAUCCCAUUCCCCUCUGAAAAGUCACCCUUGAUUUAGAGCAUGCAGUUAAAGGAACACUUCACCAUUUCUCAUUUUUAUGUCCAUGACUCAUGUAAACCAUAAUAAAUCUAAAAAUAAUCAAAA